AUGACUGGACCAGCUAGACAAGAAAUAGAAUUAACUCCCAAAUCAAUUGUCACUCCAACCUCUACUGUAGUAUCAAGUACUUCAAUAGUAUCAACUUCGCAAACUUCAAGUACUCUAGCAAUUACUAGUAUUUCUAGUUCUAAUUCACCUUAUUUAAGUGUUACUCUAAAUCCUACUAUUGUAUCAAGCACUUUAUCAAUCAUUACUGUUACAGGAUUAUCAACAAGUAUUAUUGUAACUUUUACUGUAAUAUCAGGCACUUCAGCUGUGGACACUUCAAUUAUGUCACAUAUAGAUUUAGUGCCAAGUAUAACUGUGAUACAAACAAUAAGUAAUUGAGC